AUGUCGCCGUCCACGUCUCAUAUAUCGAGCCAGUUAAGGCAAUUAAUAUACUAUCAUCUUGACAACAAUCUGAUUCGCAAUGCUCUAUUCCUCGCCGGUCGUUUGCACGCCUAUGAACCUCGAACAUCGGAAGCUUCAUACUUACUCGCACUGUGUCAUCUUCUGAACGGCCAGGUGAAGACUGCUUUGGAUUACAGCAGGAAUUUUGGGUCGCGGGGUACCCACGUGGGCUGCUCCUACGUAUAUGCUCAGGCAUGUUUAGAUCUAGGCAAGUAUUUGGACGGUAUUACGGCGUUGGAGCGGAGUAAGACCCUAUGGGCUUCUAAAAACCACUGGAACAAGCACAGUGAAACACGAAGACAACAUUUGCCCGAUGCGGCUGCGGUGUUAUGCCUCCAGGGUAAAUUAUGGCAUGCCCAUAAGGAUCUCAAUAAAGCAGUGGAAUGCUACGUCGAGGCUUUGAAGUUGAACCCGUUCAUGUGGGAUGCUUUUCUGGGCUUGUGCGAGACUGGUGUCAAUGUCCGGGUUCCCAAUAUCUACAAGAUGAACUCUGAACUGCUCGCGUUAGUUUCUUCCUCGGCCCAGGAAGAUGCCGAUUCCGCUUCCGAUAGGGUGACUUCUGCAAGCGGACCUUUGCAGGCACAGUCUAACGUAAACUCAAGCUUGGAUCCCUUCACAUCUGCAACAACCAGAGGCGAUCCGAAUAUGACGCAUGGAAGUUCUGUCUUGUGGGAGAAGUUGAAUGGCAGUACUGUCAGCGUGGCUUCUACAGGAGCAUCGGUUCCCGUGGUACAUGAAGGUACGGAAACGCCAGGGGGACAAAGUAGCGAGUCCGACGAAUUUCGUGUCGGGCAUGGGGCAGCGAACGGAGAUACCUCUUUGGAGCCCCCACUUGCCCCUGCGAGGAAAAAUCGGACAAUUCAAACAAUAGGCGUGGACCACGGGGUGGACCCUCCUCCCAAGAUGAAACCUACAGGCAUCAGACCAAAGACAAGGACAAGAGCUGAGCCCGAAGAGCAUAUCUCAUCUCAACCCGACAAGGAUGCCGUACCAAGCUCUCGAGUAGGAGACCGUAAACGAACGGUUUCUGGUCAAGUGGCUCACUCUGCGACACAGCCCACAGAGCCCGGAGCACCUCAGCGGCGGAGUGUGCGACUUUUCAAUCAAAUCAAGCCAACGACCAGCAAGCUCUCAGGUACGACGCUGGGAGUGAAAGAUGGCAGGGAACUGAAGAAGGUUAAAGCAACUGGUGCAAAGGGCCGCACUACGACCGGAACAACCAUGGGCCGCGUUGUAAGCGGCAAUAGAAAGCAGCCCGGUGACGUCCAUGAUAAUGACGGCAAAGAGCACCGAUCAACCUCGUCGACACAAUAUGGGGUUCAAUAUGCCUCAUCCAGGAGUGCCGCAAUUGAAAAGUCCAAGUCAGUAGAGGCCUUGACCUGGCUGCUGGAACUAUUCUCCAAGUUAGCUUCCGGUUAUUUUGCCUUGAAUCGCUACAAAUGCACUGAGUCUAUCCAGAUUUUCAACGCCCUUUCUCAAGGCCAACGUGAGACGCCUUGGGUUCUGUCCCAGAUCGGCCGAGCGUACUACGAGCAAGCAAUGUAUUCUGAGGCGGAGAAGUAUUUCAUCCGGGUGCGGACAAUGGUGCCGUCUAGGUUGGAGGAUAUGGAAAUAUACUCGACUGUCCUAUGGCAUUUGAAGAAUGAUGUUGAACUCGCAUACCUUGCGCAUGAGCUGAUGGAUGUUGAUCGCCUAUCGCCCCAAGCAUGGUGUGCUGUUGGCAACUCCUUCUCCCAUCAACGGGAUCAUGACCAAGCACUGAAAUGCUUCAAACGGGCGACCCAGCUCGAUCCUUGUUUCGCCUACGGGUUUACUCUUCAAGGACACGAGUAUGUCGCCAACGAGGAAUACGACAAAGCACUGGAUGCAUACCGGCGCGGCAUCGGCGCGGACAGCAGACAUUAUAACGCCUGGUACGGUCUUGGAACGGUAUAUGACAAGAUGGGCAAGCUUGAUUUCGCGGAACAGCACUUCCGGAACGCCGCAAGUAUCAAUCCUACCAACGCCGUACUGGUAUGCUGUAUUGGGUUGGUGCUAGAGAAGAUGAACAAUCCUAGGAGUGCAUUGGCUCAGUAUGGACGUGCCUGCUCCCUAGCACCUCAUUCCGUCCUUGCUCGAUUCCGGAAGGCUCGCGUGUCCAUGAAGUUGCAUGAACUCAGGCCCGCCCUGAACGAUUUGAAAACACUUAAAGACCUAGCUCCGGAUGAGCCCAAUGUGCAUUAUCUCCUGGGUAAAUUGUAUAAGAUGUUACAUGAUAAAGCAAACGCCAUCAAGCAUUUUACGACGGCUUUGAAUCUGGAUCCAAAGGCGGCGCAGUACAUCAAGGACGCCAUGGAGUCCCUAGAUGACGACGAGGAGGACGAUGAAGAGAUGGCAUGA